GGGCAGAAAGCCAGAAGCCCCGAGCAUCUACUACUCCAUACAUGGUAACCUGAUCGGAAACCACCCAACUCACCCAUUUUUGUAUCUGUCCCUGCUACAAAUUCAGUUCAAAACGUCUGGUUUGCCGCUCAACUGGCGUUAAAGUCGCAGCAAGCCUUCCACCAUGAAUAUCUUCAGGUUACUUGCCGAUUUCUCUCAUCUUGCUUCUAUAUUCAUACUUCUACAUAAAAUGAAGUCUUCAAGCAGCUGCUCCGGGUUGUCUUUCAAAUCGCAAGCAUUGUAUUUGGUAGUGUUUGUGACACGAUACCUUGAUCUCUUCUGGGCCUUUACCGACUCGCUAUACAACACAACGUUCAAAAUUCUAUUUAUUGGCUCGUCUGCCUACAUAAUUUACCUCAUGUUGAAUGACUAUAAACCUACGCACGAUCCCAACAUCGACACGUUCAAAGUUCAGUACCUUGUGGGAUUCAGUGCCCUACUCGCUAUCAUCUUCCCCCAUGAUUACAGUGUUUCCGAGAUCCUUUGGACAUUCUCCAUUUGGCUAGAAUCUGUUGCCAUCCUCCCCCAGCUCUUCAUGCUCCAGCGUACUGGUGAAGCAGAUACUAUUACAACGCACUAUCUUUUUGCUCUGGGUUCAUACCGAGCCCUUUAUAUUCCUAAUUGGGUGUAUCGAUACUUCGCAGAAAGCCAUCUUCAACCCAUUCCUGUCCUUGCAGGUAUUGUGCAGACCGUCUUGUACUCCGAUUUCUUUUAUAUCUACUAUACGAAGGUGAUGAAGGGAAGGAAGUUUUCGCUUCCUGUUUAAGGAUGCGGUCCAAGUAUUGGAUGCUGGUGAAAGGGAUGGUUUUAAAGCAGAGUUUACAUUACAUCAUUGUUUGUAGCUUCCUUGUACCUUUAAAUACUGUAAAAUUCUGGGGAGGGGUGCUGAGAAUUCAUGAUUUUCCAACACACAA